CAAGGCCACCGUCGUCUUCAACCUUUUUUCCCUUCAGGAUGUGGGCUUGUGUUACCAACUGCGGCAUCAAAAUUCUGCGCUACCGUCCUCUACUGCUUCCACGUGUCCUCAUCACUCCAAUUCCCCUGCCCAUCCCUCCCGCUGUAUUUUCCAUGGAUAAUCCCAAUACCUCCUCCUUCGCUUCUUUUGCCCAUUCCAGUAAAAGUGGUGGAAGAGGACGAGGUUUGGACAUGACAAAUGACAGAGAAAGAACGCGAGGGCGCGGCGGAGGAGGCGGUGGCUCUGGUAAAGACAAAAUUGACGCCCUUGGUAGACUCUUGACACGCAUCUUGCGCCAUAUGGCUUCCGAGUUAAACUUGAAUAUGAGGAGUGAUGGAUAUGUCAAGGUUCAGGACUUGCUUAAGCUUAAUUUGAAAACAUUUGCCAAUAUCCCACUUAGAUCGCACACAAUUGAUGACAUAAGGGAGGCCGUUAGGAAGGAUAAUAAGCAGCGUUUCGGCCUCCUGGAAGAGAAUGGAGAGCUAUUAAUUCGAGCAAACCAAGGCCAUACGGUCACGGUGGUUGAAACUGAAAGUUUAUUAAGACCAAUUCUUUCGGCCGAGGAGGUUCCAGUAUGUGUACAUGGUUCUUAUAAGAAGAAUUUGGAAUCGAUUCUGGAAUCUGGUUUGAAACGCAUGAAAAGAUUGCAUGUUCACUUCUCGUGUGGUUUGCCUACUGAUGGGGAGGUAAUCAGUGGUAUGAGACGCGAUGUUAAUGUUCUAAUCUUUCUUGAUGUCAAGAAAGCUUUAGAUGAUGGAAUGAAGCUUUACGUUUCGGACAACAAGGUCAUUCUGACUGAAGGUUUCGACGGGGUCGUGGCAGUAAAAUACUUCCAAAAAAUUGAAUCGUGGCCAAGUCGACAACCUAUUCCAUUUUGAGCCUGUGGAUCAACUGGUACAUGAUUAAUUCUUGAAAAUAUUGAAUUAUGUGUAGAGCGAAACAAGAUAUGUUUUAGGCUGAAGGACCUGACUAUGGAACUUCUGCUUCAAUUUGAGCCAGAUUGCCCUAUGCUAACUUUUAUGGCACAAGUUUCAUCUGAAUUUGGAACUUAGGGAAUAUUUGCAUUUAACGCGGCCGCCAAACAAUUCAAUUUGUCUCCGUCGGUGAAGGGCAUUACCAACCAUUCUUAUUGUAUACAUCCUCUUUUUCUCUAGUUCAAUAUGCUAUUUGAACUUCUAAUCUUUUAGUCGAAAAUAUAUGUCGAACUAGUUGAGUGGUAAGUUGAGUGUUAAAGACCUUCAUUUGUAUCUUAGCUCAUUAUUUGAUAUGUUUCGAUGGUGGUUGGAAGGUUUAGCUUUCUA